AUGGCUCUUUCCGCUAAACAUUUAAACCCGCCCGAAAAGGUAAUUAACGAUGUUAAAAAAUCCAAACCGAUCAAGCCAGCAACAUCAAUUGAACAAAGUCUUACAACUUCUUCACGCAAUCCUUUCAUUAAAGGAACCUUUCCUAACUCAAUUUUAGUCCACAUUUCAAUCGUGACCGAUCAAAAAAUGUUUUUUGAAGAAUUUAUGACCCACUUCCAAAAUGGGGAUAAUGUAUGGGGUCUGGAAGCUAAACUUUAUACUGAAGGCAAAAGGUGCUUUGCUGAAUUUCUCAUGGCAAAAGUAGCAGCUGACUCAAUCAUUGAAUCAGGUUUCAAACUUCCUUCGUUUGAACAUACCUUCAUGGGCUUUUAUUCACUAUCAAGUGAUUCGAAAAUCAUUAAAGUUUCAAUCUCCGGACUACCCUUUCAGUAUGGUCGCUCAUCAGGAGGAACGGAUGAACUCAGGGCAGACCUACAGAAAAAUAUGUCAAAGUUUGGCAAGAUUGUUGACUGUGGAAUCACCCGGGUACCACAAUCAACUUCCAAACACGACAACAACACUGCCAUUCGACACGAAGUUCGAUGGCAAUACUCUCAUUUAAGCUUUGACAGUGAUCCAGUAUUUGUGGACAGCCAGGACCGUGAUACAAAAGAAGCAGUAACAAUUUAUGCUACAUGGGUAAAUGUGAAGCCUUACUGUCGGUAUUGCCACAAACAAGACCAUGUUAUUAUUGACUGGACAUAUUGCCAAGAGUUGCCCAAGAAAAAUUCAACUCCAACAAUCUCUAACAGUAAGAGACGUAAAGUAAACCAACCAAUUCAAGAGGAGGAGUCGAGCCGAGAAGUGGAAGUAAAUGAUUUGGUUAACAAAGAGCAAAUACCUAUACAGGACGAAGGAAGUGAGGAACAAGUGGAAAAGACAACAGAUAAGCAAUGGGCUGAAGAAAGUGGACAUAUAGAAAAUUCAAAGGUAGACUCAACAACAACAGUACAACAAAAAGACCAAGUAUGUAAACAUUGUCAAUUACCAGGACAUGUACGCACCACAUCAAAAAAGUGUUUGAUAAAUCUAUCACACCCGGAUCAUGAAAGCUUUUUACUGAGUUUACAACGACAACAACAAGCCGUAAAUAAUCAAGAUGAAGAUGAUAGUAUGCGAGAGAUAUCCGACACUGAAGAAAUUAUAAUGGAGGAUGCCAAUCCUGGGUCCGAAACCGAAUCUCUUUAA